CGUCACUACACACCUGUUUCAGACUACAUCCAGCUGAUUUCUUAUACUGCACGGCUUUAAUAUUAAGUUGGCAGUUCCGCGACAACAACACUAACUACGUCGACGCUUUUCGAUCCAGCUAUUUUUUUAAAUUACUAUGAUACUGCAUUAUAAAAUGAAAUAAUUGCAGCAUGUAGCACUUGUGUAUACAUACGGACGUGUUCAAAAUGAAAGAAGUGGGCAUAGCGCUGCCCAAAUCGCGUGGUAUAGGCGUAGGCAUUGUAGGAGCUUUUCUUCUAUUUUUCAUUUUCUAUUAUUUUUAUGGGGGUUACAUGACGCUUACGCUCUUUGCAGCCAUUUUAUUACUUAUUUUCUACCAUGCACAAGACUUGCUUUUGUAUCAUCCGGAUUUGCCAACAAACUCGCGCAUUUACAUACCCAUCCCAACUAUGCACAACCUACCACAUAUAACCGUCAGUAUAAAGACGUCUGACGGAGUAACGCUGCAUGCCUUCUGGAUAAGUCAACCCGAGGAACGUUGCAAAUCGGUGCCCACCUUACUCUAUUUUCAUGGAAAUGCUGGCAAUAUGGGACAUCGCAUGCAGAAUGUAUGGGGUAUUUAUCAUCAUCUCCACUGUAACAUCCUAAUGGUGGAGUAUCGUGGCUAUGGUCUAUCGACUGGCGUACCUUCCGAACGUGGUCUUGUAACGGAUGCACGUGCUGCAAUUGAUUAUUUGCACACGCGCCAUGACUUGGAUCACUCACAGCUUAUACUCUUCGGUCGUUCGCUGGGUGGCGCCGUUGUAAUCGAUGUAGCUGCCGACACUGUCUAUGGCCAAAAGCUAAUGUGCGCCAUUGUAGAAAAUACAUUUACCAGUAUACGUGAUAUGGCGGUCGAACUGGUGCAUCCAUCUGUGAAAUACAUACCAAAUCUAUUAUAUAAAAAUAAGUAUCAUUCACUUAACAAGAUAAGCAAGUGCUCGGUGCCUUUUCUAUUUAUAUCAGGCCUUGCAGAUAACCUAGUGCCACCGCGCAUGAUGCGUGCCUUGUAUACCAAAUGCGGUAGUGAACAAAAACGUAUGCUUGAAUUUCCGGGGGGUUCACACAACGACACCUGGAUAGUCGAUGGUUAUUACCAAAGCGUUGGAAGCUUUUUAGUCGACCUACUGCAGCAGCCUUCUCCACUGCAAAAGCCACCCGAGAAGAGCAACGUCUGGGUCGAACUAGAACAUAAGAUUAUUGACGUUUAACUCCCAUACUUUAUA